AUCUGCAAAUUUCUCGAAAAAAGAGGGCUGAAAGACAAAGAGGUCCGUGGAUUCAGAGAUGAGAUGGUAAGCUUAGCCUCUUCCUUGAAGAAUUGUUAUUCAUUUGUCACAACUCAAUUUACAAGGCAAACAGUGAUAAACUCCUUCGUUAAGCUCUUUUCUCUUGGAAGUUCGUCACAUGUAGGCUCAUUCUAUCAUCAAAGUCUCUGGAAAUGUUGUGAUAAGUUAAAAAAUUGGAAUGUCUACCAGUUGGCCUUUAUUUAUAAUUAAUAAAUAAAUAUUGACUGAAAAGAUUUGAUUCUGAGAACAAGUAUAAAAUGGAUAAAAUUAUUUGGUAUAAAAACAACUGCAAAAUGUCUACUCACUUGAGUACAGCACUUAAUGGCACAACCUAUGAAAAAACGAUUGCCUUUUAUUUUGUCUAGACUGAUUAUUCCCACAGUAACCACUGCCACUGAUGACUAGUUGAAGAAACUAGGAGUCUUAAGAAGAGGCGAUCUAAUUUCCUUGCAAGGAUUUGUGAAGCAAAAAUUAAAAGGAGAAAACAGAGAUAAAAAGAAAAGAAAGUUACUGGAUCUUCUUAAAGGGAAAGGAAAACCCACGAAAAGAAAGACUGAAGAUGAAACUGGUACUGUAUCAGGCUGA